UGGGAGCUUCCAAACUGAAACAAACCCAAUGGCCACAACGACAGCCCACAGCCCCACGAUUAAGCCUCUAACCAAUGGCAUAGUAGCCGCGGAUAAUAGCGCCCACGCACCGCUCAUAAUUCCACCGCCCACCACACUCCCCUCGACGCUGGGCCACUACCUAGCGCGUCGGCUUGUCCAAAUUGGUGUCUCGGAUAUCUUUUCAGUUCCGGGAGACUCAAAUCUCGUGCUCCUCGACUACUUCGUGGCGGAAAAAGGAAUUAACCUUGUGGGGUGCUGCAGCGAGCUCAAUGCUGGGUAUGCGGCUGAUGGGUACGCUAGGCGACGUGGGGUUGGAGCCUGCGCUGUCAGCUUCAGUGUUGGUGGGCUGAGCCUGAUCAACGCCAUCGCCGGUGCUUACUCUGAGGAUCUUCCCGUGAUUUGCAUUGUGGGGGGACCAAAUUCUAAUGAUUAUGGGAGUAAGAGGAUUAUUCAUCAUACUAUUGGGUUGCCGGAUUUCGGACAAGAACUCCGAUGCUUUCAAAAUCUCACGUGCUAUCAGGUCAUCAUCGACAAUCUGGAAGACGCACAGUGGCAGAUAGACACUGCAAUUUCAAAGUGCUUAGAAGAGAGCAAACCAGUUUACAUUAGCAUUUGCUGCAACGUUGUGUCCAUUCCUCACCCUUCUUUCUCUAUCCAACCACUCAUCCCUUUCUCUACCAAUUGUUUGUACAUGCAAACUAACCAAUUGAGUUUGGAGGUGGCAGUGGCCAAGGCAGCUCAGCUUCUAAAUAGCGCCCUAAAGCCCGUCAUCGUCGCCGGGAAGAAGCUACGACCCGCCAAAGCACAAGACGCGUUCCUCGAGCUAGCCGACACAUGUGGCUAUGCUGUGGCCGUUAUGCCGUCGGCCAAAGGUUUGGUCUCCGAGGACCACGCUCAUUUCAUCGGAACUUAUUGGGGAACGAUCAGCACGGCGUUUUGUGGUGAGACGGUGGAAAUAGCGGACGCUUCCAUCUUUGUUGGAGCCAGUUUAGAUGAAUUGGAAACUGUAGCCUUCACUCUUACAUACAAAAAGAACAAAGCGAUCAUGGUCGAAACAGAUCGCGUAGUGUUUCCUAAUGGACGGACGUUCGUGUCAAUUUUAAUGAAGGACUUUCUUCGGGCCCUUGCUAAGCGGGUGAAACCCAAUCCAACAGCUUACGAGAAUUAUCGAAGGAUUUAUGUACCCGAGUGUAGUCCACCCGAAUCGGACCCAAGCGAGGCGUUACGGGUCAAUGUUCUUUUCAAACAUAUUCAAAAAAUGUUAUCGAGUCAAAUGAGUGUAAUAUCUGAGACGGGCGACUCUUGGUUUCAUUGUCAAAAACUUAAGCUACCAAAAUCAUGCGGGUAUGAGAUGCAAUUGCUAUAUGCAUCGAUUGGAUGGUCUUUGGGUGCAACUUUAGGAUAUGCACAGGCUGCGCCACAAGACCGAGUGAUUCUUUGCGUUGGUGAUGGGAGCUUUCAGAUGACUCCACAAGAGGUGUCUACAAUGAUAAAAUUGGGUCAAAAGAACAUAAUAUUUUUGAUAAACAAUGGUGGAUACACUAUUGAAGUAGAACUUCACGAUGGCCCUUACAAUGUUAUCAAGAAUUGGGAUUACACUGCCAUCGUCAAUGCUAUGCACAAUGGUGAUGGUAAUUGUUGGACUACCAAGGUACAUACCGAAGAAGAGUUGGUGAAUGCAAUUGAGAUAGCAAUGGGAGAUCGAAAUGAUUGCUUGUGCUUCAUAGAAGUUAUUGUUCAUAGAGAUGAUACGAGUAAAGAGUUACUUGAAUUUGGAAACAAGUUGGUUGCUUGUUCAACUCGUCCUCCAAGACUUUGA